GUCACAUGAGGGCGGGCACUAUGCUGAUUCGUCGGUGACGUCAAUGAGGGGGCGGGGCGGGGCGGUGUCCCGGGUGAUUGACGGGUGUGCCGGCGCCGUGACGGGAGCGGGCGACGGGCUGAGACUCGUGCAUGAGGGUGUGGCAUGACAUCAAAAAACAAGAAGCGAGUCAUUCUACCAACUCGACCCGAGCCUCCGACUAUUGAACAGAUUCUGGAGGAUGUCAGAAGUGCCUGUCUCUCAGAUCCAGUAUUCACCUCAUUCGUUGAAGGCAGUGAAGCCCAUUGCGAGGAGAAGUGUCAAUGCCGGACGUAGGAUUCUCAGUACCAGCAAAGCAGAGAGUAUGUUGAUCUGAACAGACGUUUACAGAAGGAGCGUGGUGAGUUGUCGACACAGUGUGAGCAGCUGAAAAAAGCAGGCAAACAACUUGACCUAAGUAUUUCUGAAAUUAAAGAUACAAAUUUUCAAAACUAAACUAUUCACAAGGAAUUGUUAUUAAAAUUAUGAUAAUAUUCUAACUCAUGGCAGUUAAGAAAGGGGCAACUUCCAGUGGACAUCUUGAGUAUGAUUUCUCCCUCUGGUUUUGCGAAUCGGAUGAGGAAGUGGCGUUACAUAUCUCUCAGUUACUCCGUGAACAUGGCCAUAAAGGAUUUGUAGAACUUCAGGACCAAGUGGGUGGAAGAUUAAUGGUAACGGAGAUCACCAAUGUUAUCCAGCAAAGCAAAGUUGCCAUCAUCGUCUUGUCCCAAAGCUCCCUGAAAAGUGGUUGGUGUCGGAGAGUCUCUGAGUGGAACUUGCAGCAGUACAUCGAGAAGGGAAGCAAGGUCCUCCCUGUGUAUGUCGAUUUGGAGACCGUGCAAAUUCCACCAAGUUUAAGGUUCAUUAACGGGCUUGGUUACAACUCUAGGUUCUUUAAUAAAAGAUUGUUGGAUAGCCUGAAGCGAAGGACGUAAUUGUUCUGUAAACCUGCAUUACACAAAUAAAAAAUCAUGUGGAAUGGGACAAGUA